AUCUCAUCGCAUCGGCAGCCGGCAGCCACAGAUGUGUGUAGCCCUAAUUUAUUUGUUUGUUGCUCUUUUAUUCGGUGUUUCCUCUCCUCUCGCCUCUCGAUUUUCCACUACGUCGGAACCAUGGGCACGCGCGAUAGAUCCUUGAGCGAGUAUAGGACAAACAUCUUGUGGAACGCCCACCGUUGGCUCCCCAGUAACUAUAAGAACCCUAUAUCGUUGUUUGGGUCUGUCUCUGAUUCUCUUUCAAAGCGUCGUUUUUGCAAUCCCCGUUUUGUGGGUUUUGGUCAUCAGGAUGUCUUCACGAGUGAGGUGUUGAUUCGAUAUCAGAUCUAUGACGGAUACUACGGAAUUCGCAGAUCAAGAAGUGCAGAGGAGAUACUUUAUUUGAUGUUGGUGGAACUCGUUUUGAAGGCUUCAAGUGAUACUCUUCGCGAGUGCAGAUUCUUGAUCUUCACAAGAUUGGAAGAAGAAGACUGGGAGAUGAUCUCUUCGGUUGCAUCUUCUUUGAGAAGCAGAGGCCGCCGAGUUAUGUUUGCAGUGCCUGACAUUCCUUCAUUCAUUGGCUCCUCCAAUGUAUUCCGGGAGCAAAACGAUGUGGAGGGGAGAAUCCCUGUAUGGAUUUGUCCACAUCUGCUUGAGCAAGGGUCUGGGGAACAAGUUGAUGAUAUUGCUUUUAUAGAGCCUCCUCCUUCAUAUACCAUGGAGAAAUUCCCCAGGUUCCAGAAUGUUGAUACAUGCGUCUUCUGGGACGUCCAUGAUUACCCACUUCCUCAGGGUCUCCAACUCUCUACGUUUUCUGAUAAUAUCAGAUCAGCUCUUGGUUCUCAUCUUCCUUGUGGUAACCACUCAAUCUACGCCUAUGUUGUCAAGGGGGAGGAAUUUGAGUAUGACGAGGAUGCAAUCACGGUACGCAAAGCUCCAUCAGACAACUUUGCAAGAUUGGCUCAGUUGAAAAUGGACAUUCUUCUGUGGACAAUUGACAAUCCUGGCGACAAUUCCAAUCUCAAUCCAGGCGGUCCUAAUUUGCUUAUAAUUUCCAAACAGAGUUUUGGACGUUCUAUCCUUGAUAGCUUGACAUAUCGGGGUCACAAUGUUUUCAUGAUUGAUUUCGAGAAAACCGUAUUUGGCCCAAAUGUUAUCUCACUGCCUUGGGAAGACGUAUCAGCAGAAGAAGAACAGCGGGGCCCAGACUGGCAGAAGAGACUCCGAUUCUCUAGUCGUUAACUUUCUGUCUGUCUUGCUCCUGUGUAGCGUUUGGACCUUUUAUCAUUCUCUGUUGCUGUCUGCUUCUGUGUUACGCGUUUGGACUUCUAUCAUUCUCGGUUGCUUUUGGACUUUUAUCAUCCUCUGUUGCAUUUGGACUAUUAUCUUUAAUCAUCCUCGGUUCCUUUUUGGUAUUUGCUGUUUGUUUUUCGGUUGUUGCAACUCCAAAACGCUUAAUUUGAUUUCAUAAAGUUUUUGGUCCAAGUAGUUUGCUU